GUUUUCGGAACCUCCCCUAAAUGAAGCAAGCACUUCGCGGAAACUUCCCCUCAUGACUUGACACGCACUUCCAAGGCUCGGCGGCGUCGGCGCACUUCCUUACAGCAUUACUAAUGAAGGAUUAAGGCAAGCAGACAAGAACUGGUACUAUCCGUGUUGGAUAAAUUCGACUCCCUUCCCCUCCCUUGAACGCAACACACACAAGGUGCGGCGUGCCGUCGACUAGUUGAGAUAGUCUUCACUCACACGCUCUGGAAGAAACGUCGCGACAAGGCUGACAGGACAAUAAUCAACCCAAACUGGCUAACGAGUAUCCGUGCCUUGGACCUGUUAGUUUCCCAAGCAAGUGUACACCGUUAGUCUCCCAAGAAGGCGGUACAAUUCAGAAGAUUCCAUUUGUAUCGAAGCAAAAAAUGAAUCUGUAUCGGACACAAACACACCGGAUAGGCUUUCCAUACAGGUAGGUUGCUGGAAUUAUUAGCGUUACUUCGCUUCCAUUCCCACCUCAUCUAGAAAUGUUAAUUGCAUUUGUGCCGUUCGAAAUAUGUAUACAUUUAGCAAGACAACAUAUUGCCUUGUUGAAAUUAUUCAUCAUCUUCAUACCUUUUGAAAAUGGAAUGUUUUUUUUUCCCUAGUAGAUCCUGGUGGUCCAUAUAAACUCGAUGGAGUUUCACAGAGGGAUACAAACCCUGAAGAGGGUAUGACAUCAUGUGAAUUACACCCGUUCUUAUGUAUGUGACUUCCCAUCAUGUCUGGUUGAAAAAAUGAAGAGGAGUUAUCCUUCUGGAGGUGAAACUGCAACGGAAGAAAAAAGAGAUAGUGAUAUCCGAGAGACGGCCACUUCGCUCACGUGUUGACAAGAAGGAAGGAUGGCUCUGGACAGCAAGUGGAAGGAGCUGCUGUUGGGAACGCUGAAGGAGCUUGGGGAGGACGACUUCGAGGAAUUCAAGUUCUUUUCGGACCUGCCUCAAAGCGUACAAGAAAACCCCCGCCGGGUGAACAUUGCUAACGCGCUGGUGAAGAAGCACGGCGAGAAUACUCUGGAGGAGACCAUCAAAAUUCUGGAAAAGAUUGGUAACAAGAACUUGGCCGAGAAGUUGCGUGGCAACGUGCUGGAAAUAAAAGGCGCCGUCUUCUCCGUCCAUGAUGAUGAUCAUAUUGACAGAUUGAAGGCAGACCUGCAAGAAAAGCUGCAUAGUUUAUACAGCUUUGUUCCCGAAGGCAACACCGAGCGCUGGCAGCAGCAGCCUCUGGCCGACGUCUACACGGAUCUGGACGUCACCUACGGGGCCGACGUCAGGCCCGACGAGCGACACGAGGUCCUUCAGAUGGAGACGCGUGCCGCGGCGGCCAAGAAGUCUAUCCUGCCGUGCGAUAUCUUCAAAAGCCAUGACGGACAGCCGCGACCGAUACGCACACUGCUCACCGUCGGCUUCGCGGGAAUCGGGAAAACCUUCCUGGUUCAAAAGUUUGUGUGCGACUGGGCCAGCGGGAAUAAAAACCAGGACGUACACUUCAUAUUUCCCUUCACCUUCCGCGAGUUGAACACCGACGAAGGGAAAAACUUUACGCUGGCCAAGCUCAUCCGAUGCUACGUCUGUGAGAGCAGGCACAUGAGCGAGGAGACUCUGAACAUUAUAUUAGACGACCUGCACAAGUCCGGGAUACGGGACUACGAAAGCAGCCGGAUCAAGAUCUUGUUUGUUUUGGACGGACUGGACGAGUGCAAGUUCAAAAUGGACUUGAAGAAUGAGAUGAAAGUAGACCUAGACGUGACGGAGGCCUACCCGCUGGAGAUACUCCUGGCGCACAUCAUCAAGAGGAACCUGCUUCCGUGCGCCCGGGUUUGGAUCACUACGCGGCCCGCGACGGCCCGCGAUAUCCCUUCCGACCUCAUCGACAGCAGAACAGAGGUGAGAGGAUUCAAUGAUUCCCAAAGGCUGGAGUACUUCAGGAAAAAAUUUCAAAAUGAGGAGCGUGUCAUUGAGCACAUCCGGAAAACUCGCACCAUCUUCAUCAUGUGCCACCUGCCCAUCUUCUGCUGGCUCACCGCUACAGUUCUUCAGGAUCAUUUGGACAAAGGGAAGGAGGGAGAGCUUCCCACAACGCUGACAGACAUGUACUCGGAGUAUGCUUUUAACCAGCUGGACAAGUCCAAGGAGCGACAGACGACCGAGUACGCUGAUUACGUGAAAGCGCUAGCAAAGCUGGCGUUUCACCACACAAUGAGUAAGCAACAGAUCUUCUACGAGGAGGACCUAGCAAAAAGCGGAUUUGAUUACAACCAAGCCGCAAAACACUCCGGAAUAUUCACUGAGGUGUUUAAGGAGGUCCGUCCGCUCAGAAGAAACCAACAGGGCAAGAUGUUUCAGUUUGUCCAUUUGACCAUCCAGGAGUAUUUUGCCGCAUUCCACGUGAUGAUUUGCCUCUUCCAUGACAACAAGAACAUACUGGUUGAUUCAGAGCAGGCACUGGAGUGUGUCUUCCAAGAAGAAGAAAAAUCGGAAGUAUUAGAAGAAACAGAAUCAGAAGAUGGAGAAAAAAAAUCAGAAAAAGAAACAGAAUCAGAAGAUGGAGAAAAAAAAUCAGAAGAAGAAACAGAAUCAGAAGAUGGAGAAAAAGAAUCGGAAGAAGAAACAGAAGAUGAAGGGGAUUGGAAAAUCGCUGAGGUUCACCGGUCAGCUCUCCAGAAAGCCUCGGAGAGUGAAGGAUACCUGGACAUGUUCCUCCGCUUCCUCCUUGGCCUUUCCUUGCCGUGCAACCAGGAACUAGUGGGGGAACUGCUGAAGGCUCCUCAGGACUGCAGGCGAAACAAGUCAAAGACAGUCAAGUUGAUCAAGGAGAGGAUAAAACGGAACACUCCAGAGAAGAACAUCAACUUGUUCUACUGCUUAAACGAGCUGAAGGACGACUCUUUGCUGAAGCAGUUUCAGAUAAAGAAAAAUAUUUCACACCAUAUUGACUGGGAGAAAAUGCCAAAUGACAUGUGGUCAGCCUUGGCCUUCUUUUUACUGACAGACGACGAAACCAUGGAGGUCUUUCAGCUGUAUAGAUACACCGCAUCGCCUUUGGGGCUCGAGAAGCUGUUGGUGGUGGUCAAGGCUUCUCAACGAUCAAGUCUACAUGAUUGUCAGCUGGACAAAGGCAGCUGUGACCUGCUGGCUUCCGUUCUCAGCUCUCCAUCCAACCUGAGGCAUCUGGACCUGAGCUUUAACAAUCUGUUGGACGAAGGGGUGGAGAUCCUCUCAAAAGGACUGGCCAGCCCAAACUGCGUCUUAGAAUCCCUCUAUCUACGUCACUGUGGCCUGGGCAAAGGCAGCUGUCACCUGCUGGCUUCCGUUCUCAGCUCUCCAUCCAACCUGAAGAGUCUGAAUCUGGGCGGGAACAAUCUGUCGGACAAAGGGGUGGAGAUCCUCUCGAAAGGACUGGCCAGUCCACACUGCAAAUUAGAGUCCCUCUUCCUAAUGGAGUGUGGCCUGAGCAAAAGCAGCUGUCACCUGCUGACUUCCGUUCCCAGCUAUCCAUCCAACCUGAAGCGUCUGAACCUGAGCAAGAACAAUCUGUCGGACGAAGGGGUGGAGAUCCUCUCAAAAGGACUGUCCAGCCCAAACUGCACCUUAGAAGAGCUCACUCUACGUGAUUGUCAUCUGGACAAAGGCAGCUGUCACCUGCUGGCUUCCGUUCUCAGCUCUCCAUCCAACCUGAAGCGUCUGGACCUGACCGACAACAAUCUGUCGUACGAAGGUGUGGAGAUCCUGUCGAAAGGACUGGCCAGCCCAAACUGCAUCUUAGAGUCCCUCAAUCUAAGUCGUUGUCACCUGGACAAAGGCAGCUGUCACCUGCUGGCUUCCGUUCUCAGCUCUCCAUCCAACCUGAGGCAUCUGAAUCUGAGCAAGAACAAUCUGUCGGACGAAGGGGUGGAGAUCCUCUCCAAAGGACUGGCCAGCCCAAACUGCAUCUUAGAAUCCCUCGAUCUAUCUGGUUGUGAGCUGAAAAAAGGCAGCUGUCACCCGCUGGCUUCCGUUCUCAGCUCUCCAUCCAACCUGAAGCAUCUGGAACUGAGCUGGAACGACCUGUCGGAUGAAGGGAUUGGGAUCCUCUCGAAAGGACUGGCCAGUCCACACUGCAAGUUAGAGUCCCUCGAGCUGUCAGCAUGCGGGAUCACCAAUAAAGGAUGCGUUUUUUUGGCCGAGGCACUCAUGUUAAACCCCUCACAUCUUCAACAGCUGUCCCUGUGGAAGAAUCCAAUAGGUGAAAAAGGAAAGAUGGUCUUAUUGAACGUCCAAGAGGAUCCAAGCUAUCGCCUGGAGACUGUCAGGUUUGAAUUGUUCAAGAAGAACGUUUGAUCCCUGGUGUCAAGAAGGGCGAGACAUUCCAGAUGUUCAUUUUUAAAAGACGUUGAGCCCAUUUGUUCUUCUUCAGAUUUAGAUCGAUGCGACGUACUGUCCAACGACCUCAAGAGCACCGGGUGUCGGCGCUAAAGACAAACGCGACCACGCUCACCGAAUUUGAGGAGGUUCGUCUGCCGGCGUCGGGUGUUUUGCUGCAACGUUGCUCUACCAUGCUGCCACCAAACAGCUGGCAGUUAUUUUCUGCCAUGAAUUGAAAUAUGUUUGUCACGAGUAGACGUCCAAUCCAUUUGGACUGGGAGGGAAUGACCAAAUGGAUUGGACUUCCAGCACUGCCAACGGCAGCCAAUGUGUUCAAUAAAUACCUUAUUAAAGUUCAACUCAUGUUUGUCACAAAUUCAAAAAAAGGUAACACGCACACUUGAAAUUGUUUUGCUCAUUUCGACAUCAAUGUUUUAAAAAUGAUAAUUUUCACUUCUUCAUGUCAAAAAGAGGAUCUAAUGUUAUUUUGUAAUGGACCUGUAAAACCCUAACCUGAAAUGAAAGUUGAAAAAUCACCAAACAAUCCACAAAAACUUGAAUAAAUACACUGGAAAUGUUUCAUCCACUUAA